AUCAAAGGCUGAAUGUAUUGUUCCAAUUAUUUAUCAACAAUUGUAUAAAAGUAGAGGAAAGAGAAUACACUAUGUCGGAUGAAAUCUUCAGCACAACUUUGGCAUAUACCAAGAGUCCAAAGGCCACCAAGAGAACUUCUUUUCAGGAUGAGCUGAUCAGAGCAAUCACAGCCCGGUCAGCCAGGCAGAGAAGUUCUGAAUACUCCGAUGACUUCGACAGUGAUGAGAUUGUUUCUUUGGGUGAAUUUUCAGAUACCUCAACAGAUGAAAAUCUAGUUAGGAAAAAAGCGAAUGAUUUUCACAUAUCCGAUGACGAGGAAAAGAGUUCUCCAAAACUGUCUUUUUUGAAAACCAAGAAAGUCAACAGUGAGAUAGCCAAAGAUGGGCAGGAGUAUGUCACACAGAACAGUGAAGACGUGCCACCUGAUGUCCACUACAGUAGGACUGAAAACCCCUUUUCCAAAUCCCAAAAUGAUGAUCAAGAAGUUGGAAAAGAGAUCAUCACAAUAAAGCCGAAGCCCAGAGCCCUUCCCAUCAAAGGAAGUACACUGUCAGGAGAAAACAGCAGCAGUUGUGAAGCAGAUGACCACUUUAAGCCUUCACCUCUGCCCAGAAGUAUAAAAAAGAGCAGCCCCACAGAGGAGGGGGGAAGACCAGAUGACAAAGAACAGUCUCUGAGUGAAGACUCUGCCACCACGCCUUCCCUUCCAAAGCAGAAUGGCACAGAGUUGGAAACUGAGGAAAAAGUGCACCCCGAAAACCUUGAUCUCGAGGACUCACUCUUACAAAGUCUGACCUCAUCGUCCCUCAAAGAAAGCCCUGCAAAUUGCACCUCACCAGGAUCUCAGGAAAAGGCAUCCAUAAAAGAUCAGGUUGGGGAACCUACUGAAAGCUGGGAUUCCUUGAUAUCCAAUGAAAAUGAAGAAAAUUCAGUUCUGGUCAACUCUGUUACUCCUGAACUUGAGAAGCCCAGGUCAGGUGAGGUGGCUGCUGAUGACAAUGAGGAAGAGAGAGACAAGGCUGGACUUACAGAUGAGGACUUCACCGCUGACCCACCGCUCUCCACUUCCCCAAGUGUUAUAACACCCACCGAGAUGGCAGAGCCGACCAAGAAAACAAAUGAAGACCAAAACAGGAAGAAUAAAAAGCCAGUGAACAAUAGAGUAUCCAGUGCCUCUGGCAGGCUGAUGACCUCUGAGUUUUUAAAGAAAUCUGGUCCCACAAGGAGAAGUCCGUCUGCAGCUACCUCUUCUCACUAUUUAGGGACUUUGAAAGUCUUGGACCAGAAGCCAUCACGGAAGCAAAGCAUAGAGCCAGACAAAGCUGAUCACAUAAGGGCAGCUGUUUAUCAGGAGUGGUUAGAAAAGAAAAAUGUGUAUUUACAUGAAAUGCACAGAAUAAAAAGAAUUGAAAGUGAAAACUUAAGGAUCCAAAAUGAACAGAAAAAAGCAGCUAAGAGAGAGGAAGCAUUAGCAUCAUUCGAGGCCUGGAAGGCUAUGAAAGAAAAAGAAGCAAAGAAAAUAGCUGCAAAGAAGAGGCUAGAGGAAAAAAACAAGAGGAAGACGGAAGAAGAAAACGCUGUGAGGAAAGACGAGGCCCUGCAAGCAUUUGAAAAAUGGAAAGAGAAAAAGCUGGAAUACCUGAAAGAGAAGACCAGGAAGGAGAAAGAAUAUGAAAGAGCAAAGAAACAGAAAGAAGAAGAAACGGUUGCAGAGAAAAAGAAAGACAAUUUAACUGCUUUUGAAAAAUGGACUGAAAAAAAGGAAGCCCUUCUCAAGCAAAAGGAAAAGGAGAAAAUAAACGAGAGAAGAAAGGAAGAGCUAAAGAGAGCAGAGAAGAAAGACAAAGACAAGCAAGCCAUCAGUGAAUACGAAAAGUGGCUGGAAAGGAAAGAAAGGCAGGAAAGAAUUGAACGGAAACAAAAGAAGCGUCAUUCCUACCUUGAAAGCGAGACACACCCUCCGUGGAGCCCUCCAAGCAGAACUGUGACCUCUAAAGUAGUUUGACAAUUCAGGUUCCUGAUUUAUCAGUUCACCAACUUUCCCCAUGGAUUUCAAAGCAUUCAUCUCAUUAUUUGUGGUAAGAAGAAUCUGUUUUAAUUACCUGCAGGAACUUCUGCCAAGCAUGAGAGAGAUGCUUUGCAGUUUUAUUAGCAGAAGCAAUUUUCUGAAGUGUGGAUAAACUGCCUCAGACAAGAAGCCAAUCAGAUUGCUGGGACAACCCAGUUGCAUGAAGUUUUAUCAUGUCCUAA